AUGAAGUACACAACGGCCACGUUUGCGGCGGCCAUGGCCAACGUGCUUCCCGCCAUAACUUUCGUGAUAGCGUGUUUCUUCAGGCUUGAGAAAGUAAAGAUAACUAACAUACGAAGCCAGGCCAAGAUAAUUGGGACACUUGCAACGGUGGCUGGGGCCAUGAUCAUGACAUUAAUAACAGGCCCAAAUUUGGACAUGCCAUGGACCAAACAAGGCCCGGCCCACGAUCAACACCAACAAACCCAAGUGACUCUCCAAGAUUCGAUUAAGGGCGCGGUCAUGAUCACCGUCGGAACCCUGAGUUGGGCUUGUUUCAUGAUCUUGCAGGGUGUGUUUUGUUCGGGCAUCGCAUAUUACGUGCAAGGUGUGGUAAUGAAAGAGAGAGGCCCGGUUUUCGUGACUGCAUUUAGCCCUUUGAGCAUGGUUAUUGUCGCGAUUUUGAGCUCGUUUAUUCUGGCCGAGCAAAUGUACUUGGGAAGGGUUGUUGGUGCAAUUGUCAUAGUUAUGGGGCUUUAUUUUGUGGUUUGGGGCAAAAGGAAAGACUAUGAAACCCCAAGGGUUGAAGAGAAAGAAAUACCAAUCAAACAAGGCACAAAUAUGAGCAAUGGUGGGAGCCUUGUGGACUCAAAAUUGGAGGUUGUGACAACUGGUGAACAAAAAGGAGAAGCUCCUAAUUGA